AUGCCCAUCCUGCGAACGGCCCUCUCAACGUUCCGGCACUUUGCACUACUCUCCCCAGGACCUAUUAGAUCUCCGUCGCAACCCAUCAUUGCGCGGCCACUCCAAGCCCACCUCAACACCAACACCAACACCAACCACAUCCACAUCCACAACCACAUUUGGAAAAGAGCCAUGUCUUCCGCCGUAGCCAAGCGCCUCUCCGGCAAAACCAUCGUGAUAACCGGCGCCUCGUCGGGCAUAGGCCGCAGCACAGCCUUCGAGUUCGCGCGCACGGCGCCCCAGAACGAGCUGAAGCUGGUGCUGACGGCGCGGCGCAUCGACGCCCUGCGGCAGAUCGCGGACGACAUCGCCGCCGAGACCAACGGCGGCGUGAAAGUCCUGCCCGUCAAGCUCGACGUCAGCAACCCCGACGAGGUUCGGGGUUUCCUCGCAAGCCUGCCCGAGGAGUUCCGCGAAAUCGACGUGCUGGUGAACAAUGCCGGUCUCGUAAAGGGCGUAGCCCGCGCCCCCACCAUCGCCGAGGCGGACCUGAACGUCAUGUUCGCGACGAACGUGACGGGGCUGAUCAACAUGACGCAAGCCGUGCUGCCCACCUUCCUCGCGCGGCCCGAGGGCGGCCGCGGCGACAUCAUCAACAUCGGCAGCAUCGCCGGCCGCGAGCCUUACCCGGGCGGCGCCAUCUACUGCGCCACCAAGGCCGCCGUCCGCAGCUUCACCGAGUCCCUGCGCAAGGAGCUCAUCGCCUCGAGAGUCCGCGUGCUCGAGGUCGAUCCGGGCCAGGUUGAGACUGAAUUCUCGGUUGUACGGUUUUACGGCGACAAGGAGAAGGCAGAUGCCGUUUAUGCUGGUUGUGAGCCAUUAACUCCCGACGACAUUGCUGAGGUAGUCGUAUUCGUGGCGGGCAGGAGAGAAAACGUCGUGGUUGCAGAUACUUUAAUCUUCCCUAACCAUCAAGCCAGUGCUACUUUCGUGCAUAAGAAGUCUUGA